AUGGCCGACAAGAAGACUGAAAAGGACAAAUCAAAGGUCCACAAGCUGUCUUUGAAAGGCAGCGCCAAAUUGGUGGCCGAAUUUUUUCAAUACUCUAUUCAUACCAUCCUCUUUCAACGAGGUGUCUACCCAGCCGAAGACUUUACUGCUGUCAAGAAAUAUGGUCUCAACAUGCUGGUCUCGGCCGACGACCAGGUCAAAGCCUACAUCAAGAAGAUCAUGUCGCAACUCGACAAGUGGAUGCAGCAUGGCAAGAUUAGCAAGCUGGUCAUCGUCAUAACCGACAAGGACACGGGCGAGCAUGUCGAAAGAUGGCAGUUUGACGUUCAGAUCUUUGGCAGCACCAAAAAGUCCAGCAAGUCAAAGUCGAAAGAAUCUGCCGGCGCCGACGAGAACGCCGAUGGCGCGGCAAAGGGCAGCACCGUCCCAGAUACGAACAAGACCGAAACCGAGAUCCAGGCCGAGAUCGCUGCCCUAUUCCGGCAAAUCACCGCUAGUGUCACAUUCCUACCGCAGCUGCAGGGCGAUUGUACCUUCAAUGUCCUGGUAUACGCAGAUGCCGAUAGCGAUGUGCCUGUCGAGUGGGGCGAUUCCGACGCCAAGGAAAUUGUCAAUGGCGAAAAAGUGCAACUGAGAGGUUUCAGCACGAGUAACCACAGAGUGGAAACUCUUGUCAGUUAUCGUCUGGGCGAAUAG